CUUCCGGUUUGUUCUGGAGUCGUUCGCACACGUGUGUGGUUUAAUCCGCUCUGAAUAUAAACCUGUUUUCAGCUGUGAUCUCGGAGAAAUAACCCGAUCGAGUGUAUAAUCGUGACUGUGGAGGAUUCAUCAUGUUCCUGCAGUAUUAUCUGAGCGAGAGCGGCGACAGAGUUUAUACUCUGAAGAAACUGGACCCGAGCGGUCAGCCCACCAGCUCGGCCCAUCCGGCCCGCUUUUCACCGGACGACAAGUUCUCCAGACACAGAGUGACCAUCAAGAAACGAUUCGGCUUGCUGCUGACACAACAGCCACGACCCGUGCUCUAACGGACUGACCAUCAAUGCUCUGAGACCACCAUCAGUGGACUUCAUGACAUUCAUCUUCACCUU